AUGGGCUCCGCUGAUAGUUCAGGACGGCUUUUAACCCAGCUGGUAGAUCAACAAGCGAAGGAUCAGCCCAAUCGCUUGUACUGUCUGCACCCCAGCUCCCAGGAUGCUGACUGUGAAUGGCGUUGUAUAACGUUCCAGCAGCUGUCUGCUGCUGUGAACCGUGUAUCAUGGUGGAUUGACAGCAAGAUUUCUGGAAGAAAGCAGCAGGCCAUGCGCGAGCGACCCCAGCUAAAGAAAGUUGUCGACCAGGUUGAAGUCGCUUGUUCUGAUCUCGGGUUACAACGAUGGCGCAUGGAUCCCGUUGGGGAUGUCUUUGCAGCAUCUCCUGUCACACCAUAUCCCCAUCAAGAGAAUUUCGCAGAUAUAGAAGACCGUCCAGCUAUCAUAAUUCACAGCUCGGGGACUACGGGUCUCCCCAAACCGGUAACUCUUACCCAUGGGUAUCUAGCAACGCUAGAUCAGAUGCAAACUCUUCCCGUGCCUCAGGGUCGUGAAUCCGCCCAGUUGUUUCUGCGACAUAAAGUAUGCGUUUGUGAAUGCAUAUUCUACGAGACACCUUUUUUCCUGUCCCCAGAUCGACCUCUAACCCCGGAUCUCUUCUCACGGAUUAUGGCAACUCCCAACCCACCUCGAUGGUGUUUAAUCGCUCCGUUUGCAUUGCAGGAUCUUUGGUCGUCUGAAAAGGGACGACAGGCGCUGCAGGGCUUGUCUGCCGUGAACUUUGGUGGCGCACCACUGUCCAGCGCCACGGGGAACGCAAUUUCAUCACAUUUUCGCCUGCAGACAUUGAUGGGUAGCAGUGAGACCGGUUACACACCAACACUUCUUUGUGAAGACCCCGCGGACUGGGCAUGCUUCGAAUGGAAUCCCGCCUUCGAACAUUGCAUGGAGGAAGUCGGUGAUGGACUGUGGGAGUUGGUCAUCCCUCGACCUUCGUCCCGUCGGUAUCAUGGCAUAUUUCACGCCUUUCCACAUCUUAGCGAAUAUCGAACGGGUGAUCGUUUUGAACCUCAUCCAACAAAACCGCACUUAUGGCGGUCAAAGGGGAGGGCAGAUGACAUAAUUGUUCUAAGCAACGGCGAAAAGCUCAACCCUAUUGAUGCCGAGCACCAUCUUGAGUCCCAUUCCUUAGUCCAUCGCGCUGCCAUUUUCGGCCAGGAUCGAUUCCAAGUGGCUUUGCUGGUUCAACCUAAAUGGGAUGAGCUCCCGGAGACAUGGACCCCGCAAUGGCUGAAGCAGGCUCUGGAGCCCCUCAUGAAGGAUGCCAAUGGCUUGUUGCCUGCCCACGGACAAAUCCAUCAUAAUCGUGUCGCAAUUGCCUCUCGUGGCCGGCCAUUUGCACUGGCCCCUAAGGGGUCCCUUCGCCGGCGAGAAACAGCUCAGCUCUAUGAGGAUGUUGUCAAUGCAUUAUAUAGUGAUGCAGCAGGGUACGAAGGCUCUACCCGCGACGUGAAAAAAUUGCAAGAGUCGACUAUGGAAGGCAUCAAGCAGUGGCUACAAGAGACCGUUUCUCGGAUCUUGGGUGGCAUUACUGUGGAUAUAGAUGUGGACAUUGUCACUCUAGGGAUGGAUUCCCUUCAGGUAGUUCGACUCGCCCAGGUACUGCAAGAUGCGACCGAUCGCAUGGGUCAAACCAAGCAAAUAUCUAUGUUGUGGACUAGUGCAGCCAUCUAUGAGCAAGCGACGGUCCGGCGCCUCGCAAGUACGCUGUUUCGACAAAUAGGUGGCCAUCUUGGAGCGGAAGGGGAGAAACACGCAGUGAGCUUUUGGUCACGAGAGCAUCAAUUGACACACGCAAUCUGGCAGCAGGCACAGAGCCUUCAGCUCCGCGGGAAGACGGUCCUUCUGACCGGUUCGACUGGUGAGCUUGGCAGUUAUCUCUUGGAGGAGCUGCUGCAGGAUCCGACCAUCACACAUGUAUAUUGCCUCAAUCGUUCGGCAGAUGCGGAAACCCGACAGCUCGCUAAAUUCCGUGAAAAGCGGUUAGCUGAUGGCUGGCUCGUGGAAACUUCUCGAGUCAAAUUCUGGCAGGCUGACCUGAGCCAGGAAAGGCUUGGGCUAACUGAAGAGGAAUAUAGUUACUUGCGGGAGCGAGUGGAUAUCAUAUUCCAUAAUGCGUGGAUGGUGAAUUUCAAUCUGCCAUUGUCCAGCUUUCGUUCUCAACUGGAAGGGACGGGACGGCUUCUCAACCUAAUCAAGGGCUCAGCACGUCAGGCAGCAUUCCAUUUCAUUUCUUCCAUCGCGGCCGUUAGUGGUCGCUCUACCAUCCUGCCUGAAACUGAUCACAUUGCAGAAACACUGCAUGGACCGUCAACAGUACUGAGUCAAGGCUACGCAGAAUCGAAAUACGCAGCAGAAGUUCUCUGUGACCUCGUCGCGAGGGAAACUCAACAGACGAUUGCUAUUCAUCGUGUUGGUCAAUUGGGAGGACCUGCAGAUGCUGAGGCAGGAAUGUGGACGACACGAGACUGGUUUCCGGCACUGGUACGAACAUCUCAGACGAUGAAAGAGCUGCCUGACAGUAUUGGUUCAAUCCCAGUGGAUUGGGUGCCCAUUGAUGUUGCUGCUCGGAGUAUUGUCCAAAUCGGCUGCGGGAAACAUAGUGGUCGACUAGCUUCCACAGAGUCGAACCAUGCAGAGGUUUAUCAUAUCACAAACCCACAUAUUAGUCACUGGGAGCCAUUGGCACAGAUUAUCAGCCAAGCCUGUUCCACCAAGAUUAUUCCGCUCAGGGUAUGGGUAAAAAACCUCACGAACCGGCUAUCUGACCCGAAUCUCAACGAGGAGGUCUUGCGGAAAAUUCCUGCGGCAUCGCUGCUAGGAUUCUUCACGUCACUAGCUGAACCUGAGGGUUGGAUACGUCCUCCUGCGGACACCACCAAUGCUCAGAAGCAUAGUGCAGCUUUGCGAGCGUUGGGUCCGGUGGAUGCAUCGCUGAUGAAAGUGUGGUUGCGACAGUGGAGCGACUGGAUUCCUGAGCUGCGAGUUUAG